AAGAAAGUACUCGAUAAUCAUGUAAAGCUUCUGCUGUCCCCAAAUUGUUGUUCUUGUUGGGCUACAUAAUCUGAAAACCAGGGUUGUCGUUGUGGGGCUAGAAUUUAGAUCUAGAUCUAGUCUAUCAAGACUCUAGUAACUAUGCGAAGAUCUAUCAAGAGGCCCGCGUUAUUUCUAAAUUAUCAACGCUUUAUGUGCAACGUUUGUUGCAGCUGAAUGUUCUUUGAGGGCAGGACAUGCCAUGGAGAAGGGCCUAUGAUGGAGAAGCAAGAUCAGACAGUUUCAAGGGAAGCCAUUUCGUGAACAACUGACUAAAAUAAUAAAAAUAGAAACCUAACAGACUCACGUUACUUAGUAACUUAGGGCUUGCACUUACACGACUCAAAAAGAAAAGGACCUGAGUCAAAGUAUUGGCCUCCUUUCUCUCUGGUCUAUUUCCGUAAAAAAGUUAGAAUCGAGAGCUCAGGCUCAGGCGUAUCCCUGUCGCCGUUAGCCGUUAACCAGUCUUACUUUUAAACACUUGUUAGACGAUGGAUUUUGACAGCUAAGGCAAGGCUUCGGCCAAAGUUCAGAAGUGGUCACAACACUAGUACAGGCUACGCUCUUUACAGAAACAGACCUCCAGAUCUGUACUCAACUUUCAAGACAAUGAAAUUGAAGCUGCUGACAUUGCUUUAAAUUUAAAGCGCACUGUGCUACACAGUUGUCAAACAGCGCAAGGGGAUUCUAGAUGGUGUAAAGGCAAAGGUUGAAAGAUAUAAUGGCAGACAGCCACUCCAUUCCCCCACCAGGGAAUGCUCAUCAUCACCUUUCACACCUUCACCAUCACCACCACCAUCACCACAUGCGCCGUCACCGAAUGCCCUCGGGAGGAGAGGACCAAGGGGAAGAUGAAGAAUUGGAUCCAAGGAUACAGGUGGAACUGGAAAAACUGAAUAAAGCCAGUGAAGAAAUUAAUCGCUUGGAACUAGAGCUUGAUGAUGCUAGGGCAGCGUUCCGUCAAGUCCUGUCUGACUCGACCCAAAGACUCAAUGGGUUGGCCAAAAAGCUUGGAACCUGUGUGGAUAAAGCCCGGCCCUACUAUGAGGCUAGGAUGAGACUGAAAGAGGCCCACCUGGAGAGCCAGAAGGCAGCACUUAGAUUUGAGCGUGCCUGUAGCAUGCACGAGGCAGCAAAGGAAAUGGUACAACUGGCAGAGGAGGGCUACAAGCGUCGAGAGCAAGACUUGGAUCCUACCUGGCAGGAAAUGCUCAACCAUGCCACAAUGAAGGUGAACGAUGCAGAACGUGAACGGAUUGAAAGUGAGGACUGUCACCAGCAGACAACUGUGAGCUUCAAAAAGCGAGACGAGGAAGUGCAAAAGUUACAGAAGGACCUCAAGAGGGCGAUCACCAAGUCCAAACCGUACUUUGAAAUGAAGGCAAAGUUCAAUCAAGUCAUGGAGGAUCACAAACGGAGCGUCAGUCGGCUGGAGGACGACGUGGGCUCGGCCAAGGCCCUGUACUCUCAGGCCCUGCGCAGCCUGGAGGCCAUCAGCGACGACAUCCACCGACAGCGGCUGGAACGACAGCAGCAGCUGCAGCUGGGGGUCAGAGGUGCUGGGGUCGGGGCAGAGGCCCCCUCGCCUCCACACACGUGGGAGAAAGGCGCCAAUAUAGACGGGAGUGCGGAAAUGUGUGUCUACGACAGUGGCGAGGAGGACAGUGAAGGCCCCCUCAAUAGCAGUGUCGGCUCCAGUGACAGGGGGAGGACAGGGAUGGAAAUGAACAGCAGAAGCGAAGGCAAGGGUAUUGUGCGCCAUGAGUUGCCGUACCGCAAGAGAACAUCUGUUUCAGACCUGUCUGGCGGCCACUUCCGUUCUGACCCGCUCAACGUAGUUUUAUUUAAGACCUCAACCCCUGACGUCCCAGCUUCGAAGAGCCCACCCGGCGAGACGUCUUCCAGCUUCCAGCCUCCGUCCAUCAUUCAUACAGAUCGUACGAGACGCCCAAGUUAUCAGUCAGCCAUCGAUGCCUCACAAGAGGCGGAACAGGCUGGAAGUUUCACACUGUCUCAUGAUGACAGUAGUGGGAAAGGUUUACAGCGCACAGACGCAGACAGCACGCUCACUCAGACACCAAACCCAGAAUUUGUAUCAACGUCACUUCCGUCAAGAUUCUCCGCAGCUGCUGCUUCCUGUCAGCAAGGCCCAGACGUAGCAUCGACUCUGUUAAGUUCUUCUAAGGGUUCACCCCACGGUGACUUUGAACUGAGCGGCGAGACCAGCUUAAGUAGAGCUCAGGAGUGGGUGAACAAGUCACCGAUACCACAGCAGCGAAGGUUUGUCAAGUCCAAAAGUCUCAUCGGCUCCUCUUCCAGCCCUGGGAUGACUGUGGAGUCACCGAUAGACAUGGACUUGUCGGCGACCAUCUCUGCGGAACUGAUGCGGGGCGCUGUGGGCUGUGACGGGACGCCGGCCCCAGGUGUCCCCACCCAGGUGGUGCUGACCUCAUCCUCGUCAUCUGUCUCUCCCCAGCAACGCACAUCCCCUGUGAACAUCUCCAUUUCCUCAAUGCCCGGCGACAAAGUACAGCUGGCUUCCCCCCACCUCCCCUCCCAGGGAAGCACUCCAGAACGCAGCUCGCCGCUAUCAGGAGGUUCCCCUUCCUUACACCGCAAGUCGCCAAAGCUACAAGGGCUAAUCUUGCGAGUGGAUGCCGGUGGAUUCUCUUCUUCCUCCUCCCCAGCCCCCUCUUCCUCUCACGUGGCGGCCACGGUCUGCGACAAACCAGCCCCAUCUGGGCCUCCUCAUUUAGACCCAGCCCAAAAACCAAAAGUGGUCAUCUCCACGCAGCACCCUUCCCUAGGUGUCUUCACAGAAAAGCAGGCAGGGCCGGCUCCCUCCUCCUCUUCUCACCAACAGCUGUCUCAGGAUUCCUGCUCCUUGUCUUAUCCUCAGAGAAAUCCUGCUGCUCUUGUAGGUUAUCCACCCGCGUCCGUAGCACCCCUCUCCUCCUCCUCCUCCAUCCCAACCUCCUGCCCAAAACCUCCUACCUCCCUGAUCACCAAACUCAAAAACUCCACCACCUCUCGUAUUUCCUCCUACGACUCGAAGACGGCCCCGUCUACACUGAGCACGUCCUACCGCCUCCCUUCCACUUCCAGACAGAAGCUGUCUCCCCUGGCCCAGCCCCCCACCACCCAGCCCUCCCCCUCUCGUGCGCCCAACUCCCCGGGUCAUUUCUCCACGUCCAUCGGCUUCCGGCACCCGCUGAAGUCCCCCACCCCUCCGUCUCCAUCAGCAGACAGAUUCUCCUUGACAGGUCGCAGCGAUUCUCUGUCGGCCUCAAGUGGGCACAAGGCUGCCCUGCUCAAAGUUCCCUCAGAGAACAGCUCCGACACAGAGAGUAUUGCCAGUACAGGACCCAUGCUGGAUGAUGAUCAGGUGGAGUUCCUCACCCUGGACUUCAAUGAACAAAGCAUAGCUUGUGACACCAGUGGCGACCCUGAGGAGCCAGACUACGAGCCCAUGAACACCGGCGCCCUGCGGCGCGGGAACUGGGCGCGUAUGUCUUUGCCGCCGAGGCUUAGCUACCUGGAAGGUUUCCUGGAGCGCACGCGCCAUUUGUCAGGCGGGGGAGUGGGCGUGUCUCCGGAAGAUGAGGAAGGCAGCGGAGUUGCAGAAGACGGCUGCCGUGGCAACCAGGAAGAGGACUCUCGCUCAAGUGUCGUCGACAGUGGGGGCGACUUUCAGGAUAAACUUAACGAUUUCCAGGACGAUGAGACGGAGGAAUGUGAGGUGAUUGAGGAAGGUUAUCAGGCAGGAGAUGAUGAUGGUAUUGUGGAUGCCGGUGACGAGACUCUUGUAUCGCCCGAUGAGGAUUGUGUGGGCAACAGCAGUACGAGGAUGGUCAUUUCUAGUGUCAAAUCAAGAGAAGGAUCAGCUGAUAUUGACGUGGAAGUGGACAUACAAAUCUGUCUGGAUGUGGCAAAUGAAAAUAUAGUCUCCCAAGAGGAGAACGGACAAGCUGAGGAAGAAAAUGAUCUGAGAGCGGAAACCGACGCAGACGGAACGAUCCACGUUGUGGAAGGUUCUACCGUGAUAGGAGGGGAGGAUGAAGACUGUUCUGAGGAGAAUGUGGAAUUGUUUGUGUGAGCGAAUAGUAAACUUCAUUGAUGGCUGCCGAUGUUUAGGUUGAAAUCGCUUUACUCGGCAGAUGACGGACAAUGAGUGCUAAUAAAUUCAACAGACGUCAUCCCGACAAGCUUAAAUAUACAAUAAAGCACCCUUGUAUAGAUGUUGAAGAAAUAGAGGGCAAUGGAAUCAGUCGUCUUAAUGUCACAGACCCAAACGUUACAGAAAGGUCUAUCAAACAGUAAUGGCGUAGAUAUACAGAAUAUCUCAAAGUAUCCAACGCGUCGCAUCUGAUUGAAACUGAGAAGGACAAAAAGUAUGCAACCACAUCUGAGAUUCCGAAGAAUUUGAAAAUUCAUCCUUAGAAGAUGUAGGACUGACAAAAGCUGGUUCUAAAUGUCGCACACGGACAGAAUAAUAAUACUGAGAUAUACGUUAUUCCUUGAUGAAACGCUCUAUAGAGACAAGUUUUGUCA